AACCUGAACCUAGAUUUCCAUUUCAACUAAUUCGUUUCCCCAAUUGUUUUCUCAUCCAUGUUUACCAACUGUCAGCACUAUUUGAAUCAUGUUCGACAGGUGAAAAAAACUUAGUUUCGAAUUAAUUACUUGUACUUCGACUGGCGAUCUCACGCAGCGAAAGCUGUUGUUCAGCGAGUGAAUUUUAACUCAAAGUCAUCAAAAAUUGAUGAAAUCCAUGGUUCUAUUAAAGUGAAGUUAUUGACCAAAAAGUAAGCAAUCUUUUCACUGUUCAACGAUAUCGAAGGACGUCCUCUGUUAAAAGAACCGAUUGAGGUAUGAGCAAACAACCCAAGAUCAUAACCACUGAGGCGUAAAGAGUUCACGCAUAGGGUUUCUUACAAAAGACAGCUGGCAUCCUCGCUCACUAAAGGUUUGCUCUUCUAGAAAACUUUUCCCUGAAUUCCUGUGUUUGACAUUUUAAAAUCCGUUUCAUAAAAUAUCCAUUUCAUGCCAAUAUUGCGCUCCCUCGUUCAAUCAUUGCCUCGCUCUUCCUCUCUGACGAAGAAUUUCCUAUAUAUUUCAAGUUAAAGGCAUUUGUCGUAACUUAUGGCUCGAAACACUUUGCAUAUUUUAUAUAACGUUUAUCAAUGUUUUAUCUCAGUCUUGUUCAAUAGUUUGCCCGGCUGGUAAUAGAAAAGGAGAAUCCAACUGACAUGUUUGCAGACAACGAAGCUCAGCUAAAUCGAAGUAAAAUGUUCACUUUGCAGUUAGCAAUGAGAACAAAAGCCGAGAUUUUCACAGAACUGGUUGUGUUUCUGCUAGUAGGUUUAAUCGGCGUCUGUGGAAAUUUUCUUGUUCUCCUGGUCAUAAGCCUGACUCCAUCGCUAAGAACUAUCUCUAACUUUUACGUAGCUUCUCUGAGUGCGAUGGAGUUAUUGUUGUCAUUAUUCAUCUGGAUUUUCAUCCCCAAGGUAGUACUAAAAGGAAAGUGGACAUUUGGUGACGCUCUCUGCCAGUUUUUAGGAUUCAUUACUGCCAUGUUAGCCACAGGUUCCAUUUAUUCCAUGGCCUUAAUUGCAAUCAAUCGAUAUUUCCUCAUGGUAAAAUCGAACCUUCAUCGCAAGUACUUUACAAAGAGGAACGCUUAUAUAUCGAUCGCUGUGUCAUGGAUCUUGGCUGGAAAUUUUCCUGUGUCUUACAUGCUUCUCGGCAACAAGUUUAAAUUUCAUCCCGGAAAAGGGGUCUGUAUCUUUGAUGUGACGAAGCUGAAUCUGGUGCACGCUUUUUUGACAGGUUUCUUUAACAUUCAGCUUCCAUAUCUUAUCAUUUCUUGUUGUUAUUUCAAGAUUUACCAAAGAGUGAAAGAACACAACGCAUUACUGAGACACAGUGGAGGUGUAAAUGGAAGCGGCAGCGGAAUUUCAGCGAAGGAAAUUAAAGUAACAAAACUUUUGUUUGCUAUCGUACUGAGUUACACGAUUUGCUGGACGCCAUUUUAUGUCAUCGAUUUAGUUGGAGUAUUUCUUAGUCAAUUUUUCGCUCCUCGCCUUGUUUACGUGUUUUAUAGCAUUGUUGUUGGUAGCACUAUCGCCAUCAGCCCGAUAAUAUAUGGCGUUUUCAACAGAGAGCUCAAAGGCGAAAUCGUAAAACUUUUAAAAUCUAAAUGCUGUUGUUUUUGCAAUAAAUUCAAAGUUGGGGUACCUGUGACAACCUCAAAUAGGCGUUCAUGAUCACGUACCAGGGAUCAGGAAUCGCGGAGUGUGGAAGAUUUGUAUCCGCGCAAACAGAAACAAAUUUAGAUGGCUAGCUCUGACAAAUAGCCUAAAAUUAUAUGAUACUGAUUCUCAGUACAAUCCCAGAAAGAUUACAAACGAACAUAAAACCGUAUCAGAUCUAACAAAGGCUUAUUGAAAUUUCUUUGACAAAAGGUUCAGCCCUCUAAAUUUUUAUUUCCCCUCAUGAGUUAAAGUAAAAUGUCAUGAAUAAAUUAUGAUAGUUGGUGCUGGUGUUAUGCUAAUUACUGCCAAUUACUCAUGCUGAAACUAUAUUUGUAAAGCUGU